CGGGCGAUCGCGUAGCAGCUGUCAGUUUGGGGCUGUGGUUCCGUUUCAUAAUCCGGCGGAAGCGGGUGAACUUUUCUCCUGCUGUCUCGCUACGAAAGCGUCCGUGGAGUUUUCGACGGGUCUCGUUCCGGGUUUGGUCGGUUUCCGGUUGCUGUGCUGCGUGUGUUGCGUGCGUGUGUGUUGUGCCGUUUGUGUGGACGUGAUUCUUGCUGAACCUUCGAUUGUGCUCCAUUGUUAGUGAUUGUGGCGUGGCCUAAACCCCAAGAUCGUCCCGGGUGCCAUUGCGAGUACCGCCCACACACAACCACCGCGGACUGCGUGUUGGAAGUCGAGCAUCCUAGAAGGUUGAAAGCUUUGAUCGUAUAGGUUCGCUAAACUGGAAUAACAAAGCGACAUUGCUGCAAAAAUUUAAAGGGCAAGGCCGCGUUUCCUUUAUUUUCUCCACUGGUUACCAACGUAUCGACCCUGACAGUGUAACUGUCUGCUACCGCCGCUCCAACACUAGUCGACCCACACACCCUCACCAUGUGGUGGAAAUUCAUCGUCGAGGUUACGAAUGAGUACAAGAUCCUGCGGGGCAUGAUUUCGUACUCGGCGCUCUGGCCGAUCGGGUGUCUCAUUCAACAGACGUUCGAGGGCAAGCGGCUGAAGAACUACGACUGGGAGCGAUGCUUACGCUACAGCCUAUACGGUACGUUCGUGUCCGCGCCGAUGCUCUACUGCUGGAUGCGAUGCGCCAACAUCAUGUGGCCCCGGACGGACUUUCGGUCGUCGUUGGCGAAAGCGUUCACCGAGCAGGCCGCAUACGACCCGUUCGCCAUCGUGCUGUUCUUCUACGGCAUGAGCAUCCUGGAGCGCCGGUCGCAGCAACAAGCCGGUGACGAGGUACGGGACAAGUUCUUUGACACCUACAAAGUCGGGUUCUUUUACUGGCCGAUGGUGCAGACGGUAAACUUUUCGCUGGUCAAACCCAAGAACCAGAUCGUCGUGGCCGGGUUCUUCAGUCUCAUCUGGACAACGUUUCUGGCGUACGUAAAGACGAGCAAAAAGCAGACCACCGAGUUGGCAGCAGCGAUGUAGAACUGUAAAAAUUCUUUCGACUUUUCCGAUUGGUUACAACAGUGGUAGACUGAUUUAGGUUGUUGCAAUGUAUCUCAAAAGAGCUACUGUAAAGUGUAUCCCUCAACGAUGGUGCUAAUAAAUAGAUAGUUUGUAUUUAUGUACUA